UUUCCACUGAAUUUGUCCCUCUCCCUUUCCCGAUGGAAAAGGAAACUUUUUGGAGCUCCAACGGACAUUCCGGCGACGUCCAGCCACCGCCGGCGAUGCGCUCUGGCUCGUCCAAGCAAUCAGCGCGCUGCUUUCAUAACCUCAUCUGGAAGCAGCCUCUGACCCACGACGCCGACUUGGAGUCGGCGCUCAGCUCUCUUGUCUCGUCCCCGGCGCCGUCCCACCCGAUGCUUUCAUCCGAUCGCGCCGUCAUAGGAGAGCUCAUCGGUCGGAUGGAGACCAUAUGCAACUCCGAUGAGAUGUCCACGGGCUCUCAAUGCCAUAGCGCCAAAAAUUCUUGCUACAGCAGUCCCUUGAACUCCCCUCCGCGGCUUAACCUUUCCGCCGUGGAUCACCGACAUGGCCGGGGAGGCCUACCAGUUCUCUUGAAUCCAGAUACUGGAGCCCUCUGCAUGCCGUUCUCGGACGACCAAUGGUUUGCGGAUCGAACCGCGAGUCUUUCUCGCUGUGGAGGAAUGUUCUCCCCCGACUUCGAAGGGAAAUUCCGGCUCCCGGAGACUCCCGUGCAGCUCCCGGGGGCCUCGAGCAGCAAGUCUCUCACUGGAUGUCGCACGGGCGGCGCCCAACUGGAGAUGGAGACGAGGUCUCAAUUUGGAAGACUUCUAACACUGCAGGGGGCGGAGGUCGGCGAUGGGCAAGAGGAAUCGUCGACCUCCGACCGGGUUACAGCGGAGGCAACUUCCUUGAACUUGAGAGGGAUCAGCGACAGCAAUUCGAAAAAAAGAAAGCUCCCUGCAAAGGAUAAAGGAAAGGAAUCCGCCACCAAUCUUCCAAAUAUGGCAGAGAAUUCUGAUGCGAAGAGAUGCAAAUUAGGCAAAACAAAUGACGCCGUAGAGAAUUCUGGUGCUGCAGAGGAGGCCACGACGAAGACUGAGCAAAACGGAGAUACCGGUCAGACAUCCAGCAAAGAUAACGAUAGUAAGCCACCUGAGCCACCGAAGGACUACAUCCACGUAAGAGCAAGAAGAGGACAAGCCACUGAUGCUCACAGUCUAGCUGAGAGAGUGAGAAGAGAGAAGAUCAGCAAGAGGAUGAAGUUCCUGCAGGAUCUCGUGCCCGGUUGCAACAAGGUUACUGGUAAAGCCGUAAUGCUCGACGAGAUCAUAAACUACGUGCAGUCGUUGCAACAGCAAGUCGAGUUCCUCUCCAUGAAGCUGGCCACGCUGAAUCCUCAAUUCGAAAACAUGGAAAACCUCCUUCCAAAAGAAAAGUACCAAGUGAGUGGGGCAAUGCCAGGGCCACUUUAUCCAUCAGAAAUGGCCAUUGCAGCGUAUCCAUGUGCAGACCUCGAAGCCCAGUUCUUGAAUCCUCAGACUCAAACAAUGCAAUUGGCUGCCAUGGAUGGACUUGCGGAUGCUACCCCUCAGCUUGCGGAAUUUUGGGAAGGCCUGCAGACUGCUGCUCAGAUCAACUUUGGACACGACCAUUUGUGUGGAGACUGUUGCAGAACAAGAUCAUAAACUUUUAAGGGCGAAUAUUUCAUUUCUUCUAGCACGAGGUUUGUAACAAUUGAAAGCCUGGGAGUGGAGGAGCAUUGUAUGAAAAAUAUCUGAUUUGAAAUAUAUUGAGGCAGUGUUCUUUAUGUAA